CAAUCACCGUCUGUUUGUUCAGUGAUGUGAUGUGAAUGUAAUGAUGACGCACUUUUGCUUUCUACCAACAUAGCAAUACCUCUGUACACAUUUAAAUGACCAUUUACUGGCAAGUACUGUUGUUGCAAAGACUUUAGUAAUAAUGAAUAAAUAAAUAAAAUACAAUCACGAUCUGGAAUACUGAAUACUUGUCAAAUACAGGCCUACGCUCUAACAGUAAAUAUAUAAUCAAUAGUCUGAGUGGAUGUGGGAGACAUAAAUACAAUGGUAUCAUUUUAAAUGAUGGCGUCAUUACUGACAUUAUGGAAAAGUACGUGUUCCAUUUAUUUCCGUAAGGCCUACAGUUUCAAAAUUGAUUGCUGUGCUUCAAAUCUCUAAAAGCAUUUAGAGUGGAUAAAUCCUAUCAGAAGGAAAAUUAGUUUAAUCUCCAUGGACCAAUUAAAGAGGACGUAGCACAAAAACAUAUACACAUACUGUAGGCCAUUUAGGUCUUGUUAGAUUCCUGAAAUGAUGAGUCAAGAAUUUAAUUAUCUAACUUCCCUUCAUUGAAAGUGUGCUGGUUUACAAUAAAUGGACUUCCUCUAUUGUAAAUAAAGGUGUGGUUUCUUCAUGGACAUUUUAGUGUUGAAUUUAGUAAUGUCAAUGCCUACACUGCUUUGUGAAGACUCACAGAGUUGCAAGGGAGAACUAAUGCCAUCACACAGAAAAUAAUGUGUUUAACUGCACUGAAAAGGAUUGAAGAUUGGCCAUGCCAGUGUCUUUGUGGCCACAGGGAUGAACUGGUCAGCACUAGAGAGCCUACUCAGCGGGGUCAACAAGUACUCCACUGUGUUUGGCCGUGUGUGGCUGUCCAUGGUGUUUGUGUUCCGUGUCAUGGUGUUCGUGGUGGCCGCCCAGCGUGUGUGGGGAGACGAGAGCAAGGACUUUGUGUGCAACACCAGGCAGCCCGGCUGCACCAACGUCUGUUAUGACAGCAUCUUCCCCAUCUCACACAUCCGCCUGUGGGCCCUCCAGCUCAUCUUCGUCACCUGUCCAUCUCUCAUGGUCAUGGCUCACGUCAAGUAUCGUGAGGGGAAGGAUUCAAAGUACGCUUCCCAGCACCAGGGCUCUCACCUGUACGCCAACCCAGGGAAGAAACGUGGAGGCCUGUGGUGGACCUACCUGGUCAGCCUGAUCUUCAAGGCCGGGUUUGAUGUAGCCUUCCUUUACAUUCUCUACUACAUCUACCAUGGCUAUGACAUGCCACGUCUCUCCAAGUGUGCCCUGGAGCCUUGCCCAAACACAGUGGACUGCUACAUAUCCAGGCCCACGGAGAAGAAGAUCUUCACCAUCUUCAUGGUGGUCUCGUCAGCCGUCUGCAUCUUCAUGUGCAUCCUGGAGAUGUUCUAUCUGUUGGGCAAGCGGUUACAGAAGGUGCUUAAAGUACGGCAGGCCAACAAGAGACUUCUCUUCGCUGAGUGCCAUGAGGUGACCAACAUCGCUCCGCCGAGGUCAUCGUAUAUCAGGGUAGAUCCAACUAUUGGGAGCCAGCAGAACAUCAGCAGACAGAAGAAGGCAGAGGAGGCUGCUGCCACAAGUCUAUAGUCCUGAUCUGUUUGAUUUUGGUGCAUAUAGCACUGACUUUGCUGAGAGCUACUUUAUUGAGGAAAAUUUGCUUAGAUAUGUGGUUGUCCCACCUAGCUAUCUAAAGAUGAAUGCACUAACUGUAAAUCGCUCUGGAUAAGAGCAUCUGCUAAAUGACUCAAAUGUAAAUCCAUAUUGCACUGACUUUGGAGGUGGCUACUUUAUGGAGGAAAAAUAUACCUACUAUGACUGCGAUAUAUGGUUGUCCCACCUAGAUAUAUUAAGAUGAAUGCACUAACUGUACAUUUUACUCUAUACUGGAGCAUUUUGGAUUUGAGAUCAAGUCUUUUAUAUGAAGCGACAGUACAGAAUGUACCGCUUACAAAUGAAAGCUCUUUAUAUAUCUAGUCCCUCCGUUUGAAGACGACAUAACUAUUUGGACAAAUUGACUUAUAGUGUAUAGGCAAUGACUACAUCAAGCUUGUUGGAUGCAUUUGCAGUUUGUUUUGGUUGCGUGUUAUGUUUUUCCAAUAGAAACUUAAUAAUGAAUGAUAAUUGUAUUUGAGUGAAUAAAUGAGAUGUGAGUAAAUGA